CUCUCCUUGACGAUGCUGAACUUCUCUUUACAAGCGGAAGCCCGACAGCAAAGGGCCCCUGUUGGAUGAGCAGACCGUUUGUGGCAGCUCUGCUGAGAAUCCCUAUCGCUACGACACGAGAGAAGAGCGAACAACACCUCCUCGAGCCGUCUCGGGGACUAGCGGACGAAUCACUCCCCUCCCUCGUUUCCUCGUAUUUUCCUCGUCUAUCCUUUCCAGCCGCAGCGUUUCAUUAGCAACGCCGAUUAGGUAAAUGCUAUGGGCGGGCACAGGGUUCAGUUCAGCCACGACACAUUUCGGGAAAAUGCCUAGCCCGUUUAGCAGGGUGCGACCAUACACACCAACUCACGAUCCGUGCCUCUUAGAGUGCUUCGGGAUAUCGGUGACGUGGGAUGUGUGCCGCUCCAAAGAGGCGCAUGCCAGUGGCCACAGAGUCCCCCAGUCAAGCUCAAAGAGAUCGGAUAUGAAUUGAGAUUCCCGAAAGGCGGGCAUGAACAUUGGAUAACACAAGCGAAUCACCAUGAGGAACACACAGCGGCACGCGCUUGGUCAGCCUGCAAGGUGGCACAGAGUUUGCAAUCAUGCUCCGUCAUAACGCACCGAAGUUGUCGCGAUACGAUACUACCUACACCGCUACGAAACACUUUCAUGAGAUCCAAUGGAUUCUAACAAGCAAGGCCAGAUAAGCAUUAGGGGUUCGGUGUUCAUCUUGCUUAGUUGACCUGUCUCGGCCGGCAUCUGUUGAUAAUCAAUUCUUGAGUUUCGACCAUCCACCGCCCCUCCUUCGUGCGUUCAGAACAUUCCCGACGUUGUAUCUGACCUCCCUGACACUCUUCGACGCCAGCUUCUUUGAAAAAUCAAAAGUAUGCUUGAACCUUGACCUAUGAAGGCGGUAUUCAUAAUCUCCGCCUGAGCCAGACGGAACCAUUGGCGUGUAGAAAUGGGACGCAUCGAAACUUUCCGGUCGAGAUGAGGCUGACGGUUUGAGCGAGAGGAGGCCCACAACCUCGCUGUCGUUGUCGCUGCCGUCGUCAGUGUCAUCGCCAUCGCCAUCGCCGGCAUGCACUUCCUCCACAAUGGUGGCAUGUUUGGUUCUUGUGCAUUCACCUCCCACAGAACUGUACUUCGGUGUACCGUUUUUGCUCUUGAUUUUCGGCUUUUCUCUGACUUGUUCGGGCAACUUCGUCAGCAUGGGAGAAAAGAUGGCGGAUAUUCUCCUUCGUUGAGAUGUGAGGGCAGAGACCCGCUCUGUUCUUUCCACGCCUGGGAGAGACGACCUGCGCUUCUGCUCCUCCGAUGCCACCUCAACCACUGGAGCAUCACGCUUUGUUCCCCCCGGCAGAACGGUCGACAGCCUCCUGGUCCGGGACUUGAUGUCGGAUACCACAUUCCUUCCACGCUCCCUUGCGCCUGAGAGCAACGACGUCCGCCUCCUGUUGCCGCCAACUUUGAUGUGGAAGUCCAGCUUCUCAUUUUCACUCUCACGCCUCUCUGGUUGUUCGCUCUCCAGUUGUGUCUCUUGCAGCCGCUGACCCUGCAGCCUUAUAGCUUCUCGGAUCUUCAAAACAUAUUCGGGAAUUGCUUCGACCUGAUCAAUGCGGCCGGUGCUGUCUUCUGAAGUCGCCUCAACGGCGGCCAAAGGCGCAUGCAAGCAUGGCAGACAGAAGUCAUCUUCCGGCUCCGUGGAUUCUUCUUGAAUGGUGUCCAUCCGCGACACUCUGUCCGACGCCGCGCCUUGUGCCUUGAUAUCGGAUGUAUCGCGCAAUGAUUGAAGGAUUGGACAGGAUGCUUCCAGACCCGCCGAUAACGGCGAAGAUUGUCUAGGAGCGCUCAUGUAUAGCAAAAUAGUCGAAUAAGAAAAAGGCAAACAGCUAAUGAAACCAGUAGCAAGAAGGGACGUGAGAACUGAAUGGAGAAUAUCUGUACAAAUCUGAUCAAAGGUAUAUGUGCAAAAAGAUACAACAUGAGACUUUAUC